ACACACAGAGCAAACAAUCUGAACUCUCACUCUAGCCAGCUGAUUGCCUUCUAGAGCAGCAGUGGGCCAAGCUCAAGAGUCAUACGUGGCAACCCAACUCCAAGGAUAGAAAGUCAAUAUACACCAGACCGGCAGGGAUAUAUUUCUUUAUAUUGACCAGCCUUGGCCUCAACUUUAAUUCUCAUACUGUGGAUUGGAUACAUUUGAAGAUUAUCACUGUUUGGAGACUUGAACGGGAAUUUACAAAAUCAACACUGAUCAAGUUGCCUAACUACAAGUUCCUGUUGAUGUCAAAUUAACUUUUGAUAGAAAGUACAUGUACAUGUAACUCCAGUCUAGUCUGACAGUGCAGUCACAGUGAAAACAUCAUGGGUUCUAUUUUAUCAUACUUUUGGUCAUCUGAGCCACAGGAGAGAAACUUGGACAUUGAGGCUGUCCAGUCUCCCAUCUCAAACUCUAUUCCACAGGUCAUGGCUAGUGUUAAACCAACGGUGAUCUUUGUAUUAGGGGGACCAGGGGCCGGUAAAGGAACUCAGUGUGAGAAGAUUGUAGAGAAAUUCGGCUUUGUUCACUUAUCAGCAGGUGAACUUUUGAGAGCAGAGAGAAAAAGUGGUUCAAAGAACGGCGAGGUCAUAGAGAGUUAUAUUAAGAAUGGAGAAAUUGUUCCAGUAAAAAUCACAUUGGGUUUAUUGGAAAAGAGUAUGGAUGAAAAUGUCACCAAGAGAUUUCUCAUCGAUGGAUUCCCAAGGAAUGAAGACAACCUGUCCGGGUGGAAUGAAGUUAUGCAGGAUAAAGUCGACCUCAAAUUUGUUUUAUUCUUUGAUUGUUCAAAAGAGACAUGUGUCCAGAGAAUUCUAGAGAGAGGGAAGACAAGUGGACGAUCAGAUGAUAAUGUACAAAGUCUCGAAAAAAGGUUUCUAACAUAUCAGAAUUCGUCCAAACCAAUCAUUGACCAUUAUGAUGCACAGGGAAAAGUAAAAAAGAUUGCAGCUGAGAGUGAUCCAGAUUCCGUCUUUGGAGAAGUGACAAGAGUAUUCCAAGAGUCGGGGCUUUGAGAGGAAACUUUUCCGUAGUCCAAUCAGCCGAUCACAGGAAUGAAUCGAAUCAAGCCACAGUUAUUAAUUAAGCAUCUUGAACAUUUGACUAUCAGAAGGUUGUAACUCACUCUGGGGCUAUUUUGAGAUUUAUGGUAUUAACAUAAUCAGCAAUAUUUUACAGAUUAUGGAAACCAUAAAGCAUUAACUCAUUCAACUUAUUGCCUAAAAUAAAAGCAAAAUAACACUCCACCAUAUCUCUAUGGAGAUAUGGUGAUUUCAAGUUCAGUGUUGACCUUUUGGUGUUGGUGUUAGGUCAAUUUUUACAUGAUUAUAACACCAAACAUGAAAUGAAGAUGGUCCUGAAAAGUCACCCACUAGUUGUUGAGAUGUCAAUAAUGUGAUCUGGAUCAGUUUUACAAACUCUGAAUAGGUUUUUCGAGCAAGGGUAAGCAAUCCAAAUUUCAACACCGGACUUGAAAUCACCCAUUCACUAUCAGAAAGACUUGAGAUCGGGUUACACCUUUCUGCUAGGUCAUUUCUCUCAAAAUCAGUGUUUUAGAGUUCCAGCCUUCUGUUUGCAACCCUUUAUUGUCGACUCAAAAUCUCUUCUGGAGCUUUUAUAAACUGUGGUAUGGGAAAGACAGUAAAUCUUAAAAAUAAUUGUAUAAUUGAAAACUAAGGGUGAGAAUUAUUAUAUAGCUGUGCACAAUUAACGCUGAUGGCAUGUCAUGUGAUUACAGUGUUUAAUUAUGCCAGAGAUUAAAAAAUACUUGGGAGUAUUUUUGUAUUGCCAUGUCAGUUUCUAUUCAGCGGGCUGUUUCAAACUCAUGUUUGGUGUCAAGAUUGUGAAUUGUGCUGUUGACUCUCGCGUCAAUACAAAUUCAGGGUGAAAAUGAUAAAUGUAAUGAAAAUAAUGCCAAUUAUAUUAUUAAUAGCUCAAUACCGAGUUCAAUCAGUCACAAUACCAGCUUUAUCAUGUAAAACCCUCAUUUGGGAGACCGCUGCUCAGAUCUGAACUGCUGUUUUAUACCCCUGUUUUAAAAAGCCUCGUUAGAGGAUCCAAGAUAUUUUAUUGCAAGGGCUAUCAAUCCUGUAUUCCCCGAUAAUCCCUCCCAUGUAACAUUUCUCCUCCGCAGGCAAGGCUGAGCGUUGAGCCAGGGUCAGGCGAUAAACAGCAGCUGCGAUAAUCUGCAAGAGCAGCUCUGCCUGUAGUAGGCCCUUAGGAAUGAAAUUAUUGUAUUUGAUAUUUAAUCAGGUUUUCAAAGGAAUAUUGUAUUUAGAAAUCCAAUGUUAAUUUGUUUUCAAUUUCAAAUGAAGAAAGUCGGCCCCGAAAUAUGGAAACUAUUAAAGAGAGAAAAAUGACGGCAUGCGCAGGCGAGCCGUGCAGAGUUUUGUGUGUGAGCCCACUUCUGUCACUGCAGUUCAGUUCUUAUCGGACCCAUCGAGGUCAAGGAACACAUGUUUAGAUACUUAAAUAACUGGACCGGGGUGAUUUAGGUUUUUCAUGGUUCGAAACUAGGGUAUAUCUCCUCUAAUGAUAAUUUUGCAUCAUGUUAGGUUUGGUGUUAUGGCUAGUGCUAGUGCUUCCUCAACACCAACACCAGAUCUUAACACUAAACUAGAGAUCACCCACUGGUAGGUUCAGUGUGAACAAAUUUGACCAAAAUAUGUCAAGGGUAUUAACUCAUGAAACAACAGUCUUCAUCAAAUGCUAUACUAUUUAAACUGAAUAAUUGUUGUUUUUUUUAAUUUGUAAACAUACUGUAUUCCAAUGAAUUGAACACAACUCUUUCAUACAACAGUGAACUUUGACCUCGAAAUUGUGAGUGAAAUGAACUUCUUCAAAAGAAUUAUGUAUUGCCUCUGUGUGAACUGUGAUCGACACAUUCUUUACUUUUUUAUCGUACUUGGAAUAAUCUCAGAUAUAUAUUUGUGUAAAUUUUCAUAGCUAUUUAUUCCAUUGUAUGUAAUUGCAAAGCAAUUGUACUUUGAUAGGUACAUUCACAUUAUAAGAUUGCCGUAGAAGAAUGUCAGAUUUUCAGCUGUAUGUUGUAUUCGUUUUUUAUGGUGAUUUAUGAUAGAAGAUAAAACAUGAUGUAUAUAUUGAAUAAGCUUGUGUUUUCAUAAAAUUUUGAAUUUAUGAAUCCACCAUCAAUGAUAAUCUGUGUGUAGUUACCGUCAUAGACCAGAAAUGGUCAUUGCUUGAAAAAAAUAACAGCUAAUAAAAAGUUUCCAUCACCCAGUACAAGUGUAUCAUAUUUUGUAGUGAUUUCAGGAAAUGUACAGGGUCCCUAUACAGCUUCUUAAUCUGUUGCAUGGUGGGUGUUUCAUGUUAGGUUAUUACUAAGCGACUUUACACUCGACAGGUGGCCAUUUCUCUCUGGGAGCUAAAGCUACAUGUAUGAAAUUUAGGUCAUGUCAAUUACCAGAAGAAAGGAUCACCAGUCGUGUUUGAAGUCCUGCAUAGCUUGGGAAUAGCUUUAUGAAACGGCCCCGUCUCUUACAUAUCGUUUGCCUGUUGCGACUACACGACACAAAAUUUAGGGAAUUUUUUUUUCCAAAUAUAUUUUUCCAUUAUGCAUCUUGUUGGCUCUAAUCUUUGAGGUGUCUGUGUGUAUGAUUGAUUGAAGUAGAAAUAAAAUGCAUCAUGGAUUGUGACAUGUUUAAGUCAUCAAACGCUCUCAUUCUCCUUUUCUCUCUCUUCCAUGUUUGUAUCCAUUGCCCUAUCUCUCUCCCUUUUUCCGCUACCAAUCUACAUGUAUGGGCCAUGCAAUGCAAUAUUUUUUAAUCAAUAAUUUGGGCGUUAACAAUAUAUGUAAUAAAGCCUGGGUAGCAAGCAAGCAAAUAGUAUACAUGUAAAUCUGAUCCUGUGAGCAGGAUACUGACAGUCAUUUGUUAUGUAAUUUUAUGAGUGUAUCAAGUCAAUGGUUGCCUUCUUUACAUUAAGUCAGGAUUAAUUUUAUUUGAUCCAUACCAACCAAGAUUCAUUAAAAAAGGCUGUGUGUAAUCAGACUAUUUGUCAAGUUAAACAAUAUACGAGUCAUACCAAUUUACCUCACCUGGGUCGAGAGUGACAAAAGAAAGUCCAUUUUUUUCAUGAGGAUUUAGACCCUUGUCAUCCAUAGUUAUGAAACUUAAAUUUUAAACAUCUCUAGUCAUUGUCUACCUGUAUCAGGGUUUAUGUUCCUUUUCAAUGUGACAUAUGAGAGCUUGAAGUAUUCAUCAAGAGUCCAUUAAAAUCAACAAGUCUACUUUAUAUUCUUUGGUUUUAAUACAAAGCCUUGUUAACUGCAUCAGACUGCAAAAGAAUGUUGCUGGUACCAGCAUUUAGCCCUUUUUCUUCUCAUCUUGGUAAUAUAUGUUCCCCUGGACCUGCCCCUGUAACACGAAGCCAAGUUCUUGACUGACUACUCUAUGAUACACAACAUUACACUGCAUUAGGUUGACUUUCUUCUUUGUACAUUUAAUGCCGCAAUAUAAGAUUGACCAAAUCGUUGUCUGGUUGAAGUGCAGAUUACACUAUAUAUCAUAUGUUUGUUCAAUGCGUAUAUGAUAUAUAUAUAUAUAUAUGCCAAUGAAGGGAGUAUACAGAGUAGUUUGUUUAUGCGCAUAGAUAUAGUUGCCAUCCAGAGGUACGAUGAUCAGUAGAAUUCCAAAUCUUUGAUAUUCUGUACCAGUACAUGUAUGUCUUCAUCACUGUACACGUGUGUAUAAGGUAAAGCCAUUUGUUGUUCUGUAACUAUCAGAAACUUGUUUCCUAUUUUGAGUAUAUUGCCACUUAUUUCAUAUGAAUACAUGCUACAGAGUGCCUCUGAAUAUGUAUAUAAGGUGACACGACAACAGCUCCUGCGACAUUUGCUCCGGUCUUAAUAUCUCAGAGGGCAUAGGGUUAGAGUUAGGAUUGUAAUAGAGUUUUGGGUUAAAAGUAAUGUAAAAAUCAGUAUUAGGGUUUAUUAAGUUUUGGAGGUUAUAUUUUAUGCAUGGCUCAACGUGCAUAUUUUCCAUCAGAGCAAUUGUCGCCGGAGCAAAUGUCAUGGAACUGUAUAAUAUAAGCCCAUGAAGACCAUUUCACAUGUCACAUCUUGUCUGCUGUGCAAACCCUUCACUCAAGUUAAGGGGUCUGAAUGCAAAGCCUAUUGAGGACUUGUGUACUGAAGGCCCUCUUGCUGAAUUGAAACAGCAAGUUUUAUUUAUGCAAGUCUUUGUGUGAAGACCCACUUGUUGGUAAAAAGUUUCAAUCAGGGUCUGGGCCUGCAGACUAAGUAUGUGACAUCUAUCCAUGAUUUUGUCACCUAUUUAUAAAGCAACUUCACUUGUAUGUGACAGCCACUUGCAUUGUGUAUCUAAAGGCAAAAUUACAAGCACAGGUUGGACACCCUGCUGUACUAAUACAAGUUGUUUAAAUCUGUGAUUUAUUUUCUCUUUUAGUUUGUGCAGUUUUCAGUUUGAACAUGUUAAUGCAACUAUCUGCAGCAUAACUAACAUUACAUGAUUUGUAAAAAUAAAGAAAUUCGAAGACA